CAAAAAAACAAACGUUUCAGAAAUUUUCCCGCCUAUUUUCUUUCACUUUCCGAUCAAAUGGCUCCCAGAUCCGAUAGCACCGAAGCUAUCGUUCUCAACUUCGUGAACGAGCAAAACAAGCCAUUAAAUUCUCAAAAUGUGGCGGAUUCGUUGCAAAAGUUUAAUCUCAAGAAGACGGCAAUUCAGAAGGUGCUGGAUGCUCUGGCUGAUAGCGGGCAGAUUUCGUUCAAGGAGUAUGGUAAGCAGAAGAUAUACCUGGCCCGGCAAGACCGAUUCAACAUUCCAAACAACGAAGAACUUAAUCGAAUGAAGGAAGAAAAUGCCAAGCUUCAGGAACAGCUUCAAGAACAAAGGAGAGCAAUCAGUGAGGUCGAGGGAGAGAUUAGAACUUUGCAAUCAAAUUUGACACUGGAACAGAUACGCAACAGAGAAGCCAAACUGAGAAUGGAGGUAAAGGAGAUGGAGGACAAAAUAGAUAAAUUGCGUGGAGGAGUUACCCUGGUGAGGCCUGAAGACCGUAAGGCAGUUGAGGACAUGUACUUGGAGAAACUAAGUCAUUGGAGAAGGCGUAAAAGGAUGUUCAAAGAUCUAUGGGAUGCUAUAACCGAGAACUCACCCAAGGAUCUCAAGGAGUUCAAGGAGGAACUCGGGAUUGAAUAUGAUGAAGAUGUUGGCAUAAGUUUGCAGUCGUAUGGCGACCUGGUGCAACAUGGUAAGAAGCGUCCUAGAGGCCAGUGAUUUUAUGAUGUGCUUCAUCCUCUGUCAAGGAUUUAAGGGUAUAAGAUGGUGUUUUCCUACAGGUAAAUCUGUUGCAAAAGGAAAAUACAUGUAAAUUCUGCAGCUUUUAUGAUAUAGAUUUGUCAUAGCUAGGUGUUGCGUGCUAAACAUUGUUUUACAAUGAUGCAUAAUAUGAUAGUCCAGAUAUUACCACAAUUUUAAGCAUAAGGCCCCAUGUACUUCAAUGAAGAAAAAUG